CUUGUCAACGUCCAACAGCAUUGAACCAAAGGCCGAGGCUGGCUGGUUGCUGGUUGGGACAAUUGUCUGCGUACCCGUCCUUAUGCCCGCUAGAAAUCCCUUUUAAAAUUGACUCGGGCCUCCGAGCGGCGACCAUCCAUACCGAAGUACUCGGUACCCCUGUUCCACAUCUGCACAACGACUCCCUCUGCGCGUUGGAUGUAACCUUGUUGCAUACCCAAGGGUAUCAUCAACCUUGCUGCCCUUGCUGCCCAUGCAGCCAUGUUCAUCUCGAGCCCCGAGGCCAGGGGGUCGUUUCUUCUUCUCGCAUGCAGCACGCUACGCUACUCCGUACCUACUGUACAGUUGCCUCCCCCGUCGACAUGGGUCUAGUGACUGUGUUCCUUUUCUUUUUCCCUGCCUGCGCCACUGGCCACUUUUGGCUUGAUGUCUGGGUGCCGGAUCCCGAUCCUUGUGUGCCAUGGCACAUCUGCUAGAGAAGUCUUCUGGCCUCGUUGCCCACCUGGUCCCCCCCCCCCGAGACUACAAAAUGCAUACGGAGCCCUGGCUCCUGUGUCAGAGUGCAACCUUGCAUUGUCACAACGGUCGUAUCUCCUAGAUCAGGGUCCGUGAGCAUAUUCCUUUCUAUCUUGCUACCUCAUCUUGCUCUACCGAGCACAUCACAUCGCCUGCCUUUUGAGUUGCGCCAUCACUUCCUACACCGGCGGCGCAGCCUGUUGAUAUAAACCUCGACUCAUUCCCCGUCCCUUCUUGUUCGAGAAUCGCAUACCAACCAUCCCACUGUGCAUACUCAAACUCUGCAGUCCGAGACUCCGUCCCAUCUCUCAGUAACACUAUAUUUACUCAGCCUUUGUCCCUGCACCGUAUCAUUUCUCCAAGCGCUCAGGAAGUUGCCCAGCCUCGUACCUCCCGCCUUUAAGCGCCGUCCUCUGAUAUAUAAGCCGGACCCACUCCCCAACCUUCUCACCCCCAUCCCCACCACCCUUUCGAAACCCACUCAGUCAAGAUGCUCUUCCCCCAAAGCUUCAUUGUCGCUGCCUCGCUUGCGACAGCAGCUGUUGCUGCUCCAUACGAGAAGCGGUGCAAGCGGGACCCAGCUGUCGCCAUCACCCUGCCAAGCACAGGCUCAACUGACCUGCCUGCCCCCGAUGCAAACCUCACACUGAGAUAUGUCGCCGUCGGCCACGGUAUUCAAAACUACACAUGUGCAACGGCAAACGCAUCAGCCGUGGCUACCGGAGCUUUGGCCGUCCUAUACGAUAUAACGCCGCUGUAUCCUGGCACGCCCAACACCGGCCUGACUGCCGAUGUGUUCAACAAGAUCUCCUCCACCGUGCUCUGGGAGCAGGCCAUCCCCCUCAACCUCAUCAACCCGGCCGCCGGCAUCCCCACGGACAGCGCCAGCACCACAAACCCCUUGGCCGAGACAGCCUACCAGGCUGACGCCAGCAACCCAUUCCCCAACCCCAUCCCUGACCUCGCCCUCGAUGGCCAGGGCAUCAACGCCAAGUACCUUGGGGUCCACUACUUUGACGCCAAGUCAAGCCCUACCUUUGACCUCGCCGGUGGUGCGGACCCGGCCGGUCUGUUCUUCAGCGGUGCCAAGACCGGAGGUGUCAAGGCCCCGACCGACGCGGACAAGGGUGUGCUCAACACCGGUGCCGUCGACUGGCUUCAGCUCGGCGACAACGGGCGCGGUCUGAGCAAGAACGUGGCCGAUGUAUACCGUGUGGUCACGGCAGGUGGCGUCGCCGAGGCAUGCUCGGCGAGCGGGGCGAGCAACGCGGGUGAGGCAUUCAGCGUACCGUACACCGCUCAGUACUGGUUCUAUGGUGCCUGAAUUAGAGGUCCUUGACGGCUGAUUUGAAAGGGGCGUUGGCUGGGUCUGGCUGUUGUCUAUUUCCGUAUAUAUUUUGCAUUUCUGCUCAUCGCAUAUACCCCCUCCGCGUCGGUAGAUUAUGGAUCGACGACCAAAGGUAUUAUUGGAAAAAAGCCCAUGGGGGCAGUGGCAGCGGGGGAGGCCACUUGGCUCAGCCGGAGCCGCAAGGUGGUCCUCCGUGAUGCUAGAGCGCGAGCUGUUAGAAGUGUUCCUAUGCUGCUAGCCACUAUUUAAUCUAUACUCAAAGUGUAAUGAGACGUGCUUAUGAUGAACAAGCAAUAAAAGCUCAAAUGGUAUCUUCA